AUGACAGUCUCAUUUCACAAAUAUGGCAACUAUUUCUUCCCUGGGACAGGUGACAUGUAUGAAGUUGGAGCUGAAAGCGGGAGAUAUUACUGUUUAAACGUGCCAUUGAGAGAUGGCAUAGAUGAUCAAAGUUACAGACAUCUCUUCCAACCUGUCAUUAAACAAGUGAUAGAUUACUAUCAGCCCACUUGUAUUGUUUUACAGUGUGGAGCUGACUCGCUUGGCUGUGACCGACUUGGAUGUUUUAACUUGAGUAUAAGGGGCCAUGGGGAUUGUGUUCAAUAUGUGAAAAGCUUCAAUAUUCCUUUACUAGUGCUUGGAGGAGGUGGUUAUACAGUUCGCAAUGUAGCACGGUGCUGGACGUAUGAAACAUCACUGCUAGUUGACGAGACAAUCAGUGAAGAGCUGCCUUACAGUGAAUAUUUUGAAUAUUUUGCACCAGAUUUUACCCUCCACCCUGAUGUCAGCACUAGAAUUGAGAAUCAGAAUACACGACAGUAUUUGGAUCAAAUCAGACAGACAAUUUUUGAAAAUCUGAAGAUGCUGAACCAUGCACCCAGUGUUCAGAUCCAUGAUGUACCUUCAGAUCUCCUGAGCUAUGACCGCACUGAUGAGCCUGAUCCAGAAGAGAGAGGCUCCGAGGACAAUUACACAAGGGCGGAAGCUUCAAAUGAAUUUUACGAUGGAGAUCAUGACAAUGACAAGGAAAGUGAUGUUGAGAUUUGA